AUGAAUAUUCUUUUUGUAAUGAAACCUUCCCAACUCCAGGGUGAUUUGAUUGCGGAGUACACUGGUGAGGUGAUAUCAAAAUGGGAGUCUGAGCGUCGAGGCCUUAUAUACGACAAAUUUUGCACCAGUUAUAUCUUCGGUUUCCGGACGAAAGUCUGCACCAGGUCGUCACCGCCACAGGCCGUCACCGCCCUUGUGGAUCAGAGGAAGAUUUGCCACCACUCGACUAGUUUGAUACGAGGACGGUGGCGGAUCCUGCUAUUUCUUUACACUUAG